GCAGGGCCUGCGGCAGCCCUGGGAAUCUGGCACAGCCUCCAGUCCUGGCUCUCAAGGUGUGGCCUGAAUCAAAAACCAAACAAGAUGAAGCCUCAAAGGUCAGCCCAUUGUGGCUCCUGUUUUCAGACCAGAGUCUUUUGUCCUGAACUGCGGGAGUCUGCAUGCCCAGGCUGCUUUGUCUCCUGACAAAAGACAGCUUAGCUCUGGGCAGAAAACAUCUCCUGAGGAGUGAGAAACCACGCUCUACCCCGAGUCCCUAACGAGGCCGAGGGCACUCCCAGGGAGAUCGAGAGAUUCCCAGGACGAGCCCUUCCUCUGAGUAGCUCCGGGCACGAGCCUCCAUCGUCUUCGUUUUAAUUAACCCAGUGAACCAGCAUCUACCUUUCAAAGGAAUCUGAGGGCGAUGCUCCUGCCAAGUCGCGACCAAGUCCCCGUGACGCUCAGGAACGUGGGCCAGGCUCUGUGUAGGUUGAGGAAGCCCGAGGAGAGCAAAGAUUAUAGGGAGGGUCUGCCUGUCUUUACAAGGGCUUGUUUUGCGUCCUGAAAUCUCAGAUUCAGCUACUACAAUGAGGUCCUGUUAUAGAGAGAGCUGGCCUUUUAUCACCACUUAAAAUCUAAUUAAUCCAUAUUGAAGCACAAAGAUUUCUGUUGUCCUAAGGGUGAGGGGUCAUAGAGGCUCCUUUGUUCAUCCUUAGCUUUAGAAUCAUCAGGCAUUGGGGAUAUAAUUUUACCAAGCGAGUCGGAAGGCAACGGGUCAAACCCUUAUCGGAAAGCCUAACUCGUAGUUUUCACAGAGCCCUUCGUUCUUUACAUGAAAUAUUAUAUUCGAGAGGAACAAAAACACAUUUCAGAGUGCCCAAGGAGUGAACGGCCAAAGCUUAUAUGCCAGGCAGCAUCGAGCCACCAUCGCCACAGCACUGCCCGCCACCAAGGCCAGCGCUCCCAUAGGGGAGGCCGGUCGCCAGGCCGGCUGCAAUGGCGUUAGUCUUGAGAGUAGUAAUGCAACUUGUUGGGCUGUUAUUAUCUCUGCUGGGAUGGGUUUUGUCCAUUGUUACAACCUACCUGCCACAUUGGAAAAACCUCAACCUGGAAUUAAAUGAAAUGGAAAACUGGACCAUGGGACUCUGGCAAGCCUGCGUCAUCCAGGAGGAAGGCGGGAUGGAGUGCAAGGACUUCGACUCUUUCCUGGCUCUGCCGGCCGAGCUCAGGGUCUCCCGGAUUUUAAUGUUCCUGUCCAACGGGCUGGGGUUUCUGGGCCUGCUGCUCUCUGGGUUUGGGCUGGACUGCCUGAGAAUCGGAGAGGGGCUGCGGGAGCGCAAGAAGCGACUGCUGAUCCUGGGAGGAGCCCUGCUCUGGAUGGCAGGCGCGGCGGCCCUGGUGCCGGUGUCCUGGGUCGCCCACGUGACCGUGCGGGAGUUCUGGGACGAGACCAUCCCAGAGAUUGUGCCCCGCUGGGAGUUUGGGGAAGCCCUCUUCAUCGGCUGGUUUGCCGGGUCGGCCCUCCUCCUGGGGGGGUGCCUGCUGAACGGGGCCGCCUGCUCCACCCAAGCUCCUCUGGCUUCGGGCCACUACACGGUGGCAGAAACGCAGUAUCUCCAUCAGCACCUGGAGAUGGCAAACACCCACCUGACAGCCUGAACCGGGAGGGAUCAGGGGUGUCCAGUCCUCACGAGAUGCUUGCUCAACCCUGGACCGGGUAGGGUUUCCUGCUACACGGUCACCUAAUCACUGUGCUUAUGAUUUUCUAAAAUGAAUCCCCCCUGUGGCUCCUUAAACUAUGAUUCCUUCCUAAGGUGAUAAACCACUUUUAUGUUCUACUCUGAGACCAAAACCCAUCGAGACUUAAUAGUAAUCAUGCUCAUUACUGCAGAUGAGUUUUCUCAGUUUUAAAACAGAUCCAGUGAUUGCACAGAACUGGUAAAUAAAACGUUCUGUUGGUACUUACGUAUCUUGAAGGUGUUGUUCAUAGAGACGAGUCACUGGCAAUCGGAAAUGUUACUGCUCAUCAUUUCUCUCGUGUUUGAGAUCACCUACUACACAGAAACAGUCUCGCUGUGUUAUUUAAAAUGUAUGACAUCGGAUUAUACUAAAAACAUUGCUGCUCUUUGAAUGCUUGAGAGGUGAGAGACGUGGACAUAGCACAUCUUUAAUCAGAGACCUCAGGGCUCCACGGAGCCCUUCCCAUAAGUGGGCCACUCAGGCGUGCCUCUGCACCACGUCAGGAGCAGAGGAGGCCGGUCUUGGAAGGUUCACAUAAAAUCUACCCACAGGCGUGCUUUUGCACCUGUGUCCUGUGCUCUGCAGAUGGCCAACGUUCCUGCCACGCCUGCAGGGGGCACUGCAGGUCAGUCAGGUCUGGGUGUGUGGGCACAGAACCUCCUGGGCUGGCUGGCGUGGGCGGCAGAGACACUGCCAGGGCAGGGGGCACUAACAGAGCUCGUAUUCUAGAGCCUGUGUUUUACUUGUACAAUGAAAAUAUUCUGCCCUUUUUUUUUUUUUUAAAUUUAA